AUGUCAGUCAACUUCACCACGAUCGCGUCCGUCCUCACCGUCGCCAUCGGCCUCACCUACCUACUCCUGGACUCGUACGUCCGUAGACACCCUCUGUCCCGCGCCCUCUACCCCGACGAGCCCAACUUGAUCUUCCCCGACGAACCUCCCAUCCCUGCUGUCCAAGGUGCAGACCCCGACAACCCUCUCGGAUAUUUCUCCCGCCGGAACCUCGAUCGGCUGGCGGAGCUAGCUCCACGGAAGUCCAAAGCCAACUCCAAGCUCUUCGGCGCCCACCUGGCGGUAGCUCUAGGUCUAGGAUGGAGGGCGGGCAGGUCGAUGAAGGGCAAGGACGUGGUUUUGGUUCUUCCCGCGGUACCUCGGUGUACUUACUUUCGGCUCCAGCACCAGGAGAUCCGGGAGCGUACAGACGUAGAAAGGGCGCCAGAUGAGGAGGAACGGAGGCAUGAGAUGGACAUCCUGAAAAUGGCCCGGGUAUGGUACUUCGCCACGGAGUGGCUGUCGGCUUGGAUCACUGAAGCUGGAGGGCACGCCAAAAUCAUCAUACGCUGCUCCGCCCCGCGUGUAGCUUUACGAGAGGCCUUCAUUGAUCGAAGUCGAAUCCCUCAUCGGCUCAGAACAGUGGUCACCCUGCCAGGCUCCGAGGCGGACAUUGAAGCAUUGCGGUUUGAUAACGAGGUGUGGAGCUUGGAGUACUUGGUGGAAAGGAUGAGAGGGUGA